AUGGAGUCGUCGCUGGAAAAUGUGGUGUUUGUCAAGAUCCGACAGCUAAAGACGACGUAUCAGAAGCUUCUUGAUGAUGUCACCCCUUAUACCAAGCAGCGGUGGGCUGCGUUCGGCGUGUUGUUGGCGUUGUUCUUGUUGAGAGUGGUGCUUGCCCAAGGGUGGUACAUUAUCUGCUACGCCCUCGGCAUCUAUUUGCUUAACAUGUUCCUUGCCUUCCUUACCCCGAAGUUUGACCCGUCCCUCGAGCAGGAAAUGCGGCUGGAGCUGAUUGAGGAAGGCGUCGACGAAGGGUCGUCGGAGGACCCCGAGUUCCGCCCGUUCAUCCGCCGGUUGCCCGAGUUCAAGUUCUGGUACAACGCCUUCCGCGGGGUGGUGGUGUCGUUGGUGUUGUCGUUCUUUGCCAUCACCGACGUCCCCGUGUUCUGGCCGAUCUUGUUGAUGUACUUCAUCAUUUUGUUUGUGUUCACCAUGAGAAAACAGAUCCAGCACAUGGUCAAGUACAAGUACUUGCCGUUUGACGUCGGUAAGACCAGCUACCGCUCCAAGCCCAGCCAAUAG